GCCAGUCAAGCAGUAAUCAUCACUUCCUCGUUGUGUAAAUGGUUAACUCAAAAAUCUAGGCACUCCGAGCUCAGAUUACUUCUAUACUCACAGAGGUGACUGUGUCCUUAACAAGCCGCCUGCGCUCCUUGUUUUGCUUCCUUCAGCUUCAAGCGUCUUAUUCUUUUUCUGUCCCGGUUAGUCUGACGGCAUUUUUUAAAUACCUGCCUGACAACCUUCAAAACGUGAAAUUAUCGAGUCAUGUUUGUGGAAAAAAAAAAAAUGAAAGCAAAACUGGAUCUUACCUGAGCUGCUGUCCAAAGGGCUCGGAGAGAACCGGAGCAAAUUUCAGUGGGAAGUCCGUAACUAUCUGCAGAAAAGCCUCUCUGCAGCUUUUAAUUUAUGCUUUGACAUUCUCCUCAGGGUGAACUCUUGUUAUCAGAACUGCACAGACUGGAUCCUGUGUUAUCUGUAAACAGAACGCGCCUCUGCUAAGGGCCAACAGCACCACAGAUCAUCCACAGUUUGUUGCCCUCAAAGGAGUGGACUCACUUUUCAAUUUUCCGGGUGAUUUUAUUUGAAAUUUCCCUCCCGACGAUUGCGUCUUGUAUGGCCUGAGAGCCCACCAACAAUGGAUAAGUCCAGCGAAAACCCACAGGAGGACAGCGUGUCCCUCCAGAGCGACGGAAAGACGCAAGCCAACGGAGUGGUGAAAGAGACUCUGGGCGUGCUCCAGACGUUCAGGCUGAGCAUCAGGCGACCCGCCGAGAAGAGCCCCCGCUCACCCAAGAGGAAGGACUCAAAGGUCACAUCCAGAGCAGAGUCAGAGUCGCCCUCCUCUCUACCGCCGGCCUCACCAAGUCUCAGUGCGGGCUCUCCAGCUGCGUCACCCUUGAAGACCAGUGGGAGCUUCUUUCAAAAAACGGAUGAAGAUCUGACAGACAUGACUCAACACAAACGCAAACCUCUAGCUCGCUCAAAGACAGAUCCCAACAUGUCCAAGCUGACCGACUCCAUUCUGAAGAAAGGAUCCUCAAUUCGCAGAAGUCUGAGAUUUCCCUCCAAGAAGGACAACGACAAAGCGGCCAAGCAGGAGCAGCCGGCCGCUGAGGCCCUGCCGGAAAUGAGAGAGGAGAAAGAAAAGGAGAUGGAGGAGAUGGAGGAGCUGUACACGCUGCCUGAAAUUCCACACACACCACUGUCAGUUAUGCAGAUCAACAAGCUGAUAGAGAUGGAGGUUCUUGAGGAAGCUCAUGUGAACCUGCUGGCCAUGCGACUGGAGUUUCAGAAGGAGCAAGAGCAAACUGGUGACGACUCCCCCAUGGAGAUGGCGAAGAAGGAGAAAGACCUGGCCCUCCUCUAUACGGACCUCAGGAAAAAGAUUUGCACCAUAGUCUGUGAUUCCAACUCCUUUCCUGCCAGGAACAAGGCACUACUGGUCCACGUGGCUCGCAUCAUCCAGGAGGAGGAGAAGAGGGCCGAGGAGCCAGGCGGCUUAUCAGACAGCUGGAUGGAGGCCUGGAAGGAGGCGGUGUCCCAGGGCGUGCAGGUGAAGGUCAACGGCGUUCACCUGGAGAAGAAGGAACAGAAUCUAUCCUGGUUGGCGGUCCAUCUCGGGCUCCUGGGAAAAACUAUUGUAGAGGAUUUGGAGAAUGUGAAGCGGGAGCUGCGAUGGUCCUACCCACCCAGCUUCAAAGUCUUCAGCACAUAUGUGAAGAGCUACCACAGUAUCGUCGGGCAGCACUUGAGGAAGCUGGAGCCGCAGGUGACCGAGGUAAAGGAUCUGUAUGCUCUGCUGGACUGGAUCCUCAACAAAUACAAGAGUGAGAAGAUCAUGGGAAGUUUCUCCUUGCAGCCGGACAUGGCGGAGGAAAGUGCUGAAAUGCAACUACAGGAAGGAUUCCUGAAGAAGCUUUUGGAGAAGUACUGCUGCAAAGUAAAGGAGGACUUGAGCUCUGUGCUGGACAAAGUGAUCAAACUCGAAUAUGAUACUGUGUGGAGAGACAAGGAGGAGCCCAGAAAGGAAGACGACCUGUUUCUCUCUCUGUUUCCUAUGGACAUUUGGACUGCAGUUCAAGGGAGAGUGGACAACUCUGGAAAACUGGACCCUGAUCUGGUGAAGAAAGUCACCGUUUCCUGCCUGGAGGAGUUGAAAAGUUUCCCCAGGAAAUUUGAAACCCAGUUCCGGUGCCACUGCGACUCCCUCCAGCCACAGCCGCUGUGGACCGACUAUCACAUAGCCUACAUCAACAGCUUUCAGGCUUUACAGGAACACAUGGCAGGGUACCAGGUCAGCUGUCCGCACGAAGUGGAAGCCUUCAAACGAGAGGUCAAAGGGCUCAUCGUCAGGCUGAUGGAGGUUUUGGAGGAGAAGUUUAAAGAGGAUGUCAAGCCCUUCCUCAGGAGGAUGAUGACGAGGAAGUGGCUCACCAACGACGACGACUUCAAACAACUUGACGGCCGGAUACAGCGGCUCUCCUGUCACUGCGACGCCAUGAGGCCUCCGCACGUACAGGAGUUUGCGAGCCGACUGCAUUACCAUGUGGUGAAGGAAUACAUCGGGCAGCUGAUGAAGAAUAACUACUCGUGCAAGAACCGGAAGCACGAGAAGGCGGCAGCCAAGAUCAACGAACAGUGGAACAAGCUCAGCGAUCUGUUUGAUGACAUGAAGUCUAACCAUGAGUGGCUCCACCACGUAGGACACGACCUGAGCACCAUCAUCGGACAAAGCAACAAGGCCGACAUCAAGAGCCACCUGCAGCCUCUGGUGGAGCAUUACCCAGACUUCGGCAAGAAACAUCUGGUUGCGGUUCUUUACUUCAGGGGCCUCUACAGGGGCCGCGAGCACCACCUCAUCCUGCAGAAACUCACCGCGCUCAGAAAGGAAGUGGGCAGCGGCAACGCUGACAGAGGCCGAGUUUUAUUUGGGGACAUGCAGGUGACAGCCAACACCGACUGCCUGUCCAACCUGCCUGUCUUCUGUCUCAGCUUCCUGCGAACACACAGCUAAGAAGGAACUUCGCAGGAAAGCGGUCGCAGGAAACGCCAUGUUGCAAUUUUUCUCGGGUUGUGCGAUUCUGGAUCGGUCCGGUUUGGUCCGCGAGUUACGGUACAUACACAACAGAACUUUUAUGUUCCUCCCUCUGCAUUACAGAGUUCAGACGUUUAACAAUGAGCAUGUCAACAGUCGCAUUCAGCAAAGCAACACUGCCGAGAAAUCCACUAAAGCACACAAGAUUGAUGCUUUUAGCUAAACCUAUAGACUAUAGACUAUAGAUGGGUUUGUACCAUCAUAUUUGAUUUUUAAAAAUAAUGUUUCCUGCUCUGGAAAGCAUCACAGUGAGUUAGAGUCACAUAUCGGUUAAGUUCAUGAAGAGUAGGAUUAAUUUACAAAGCAAAAAGCCCACAAAAAUAUGCAAUAAAUCAAUUCAGCUAAAAUAAAAAUGAGCAAAAAGGUUAAACAUAAAGACAAGAACAAGAAAAUUGUCAAAAACUUUGUCUAAAAGUGUAAAAUUGUAAAAUUUAAUCAUGUCAAAUCUAAUUUUUGAGCUUUGCAUCGUGUUAUGAGAUCAUUCUCUCAUCAAAACAAACCUGGAGAGUCGCCCUGAUUCUUUCCUGCAUGUUUGAGAAAUGAUUUAAUCUCCAUGGCAACCAUUCAUUCAUGCAAAAUGACUGGGUGGGCAUAGCUCCGCCUUCAAGACCAAGCUCCUCCUCGACUCAGUUCCUUCAGACUAGCCAGCAGCAAUUAGCAAACCCUGCUCAUCUGCUGAGCUCAUUAUAGGAGCCACAUCUCAGAGCAAAGCUAUAGAAACAUUGACAAAGAUAGAGGAACCAUGUUGUGAUGACUUUCUGAGUUUCAGAAAGAGCAGGAGCUUUUAAAGAGACAGAAGCCCAAUUUCAGGGUGUUAAAUUAGAAAGUCAUAUUAGACAAAAAUGUACAGCUUUUUUAUAACAACUGAAGCUAACAUAGUUACUUGAUCGUGCUAUAAAAUGUGCCUGGAAAAUACAGAAUAUUGCCUCUUUGAUAUCAAUGAAAAGUUUUUUCAUAGAGAUAUCCAGGAGAUUUCAUCCAGAUUGUUGGAUUUUUGUGACUGAUGACCACAUACCAUUUACAUAUAAUUAUGUAAUGGUAAUUAUGCUGUGGGAGAAAUAAAAUUAACCUUCUCCUGACUGAUACCUUCAUCCAAUAAGAUUGUUUUGAUCUUUUCCACCUCUGUGAAAACUAUGGCCUUACCUAAACAACAAAUUCUGCCAGAAUUUUAGAGGAUUUAGAACUUUAAGGAAUGUCAGGUACGACUGUAAUUACUCCAUGAAUAAAGUAAAAGUCAGAAAGUAUUUCUAGAAAAUAUAAGCUCAACAGUUUUUGUCAAACUUAUGUCAAUGCAAACUUUUUAUAUUUGUUUGUAAAUCAGUUGAUAAGACAUAAUGUGUCUCGCAUUAAAGUUGGAAAGCAUUUUGAAAUAGAUUUAUUGUGAUCUAAGAUUAUUACAUUUGCAGAAUUGUAACCGGGGUGUUUAUUCUUUUGGGAGCCACUGUAGAUGCGUUGAGUGUCGUAACGAUGGUUCAGGUAAAUCUGCAGAUGAAUAGUUUCUCUCCUCACAUUUUUUUGUUGUUAAAAAUAAUAUAGAGAACUGGAAAACCCACUGAAGGAAUGCGUUCAGAAGCAAAGAUCAUCUUCUUUUAAAUAAAGCAUUUUUAUCAAUUCUGGGUUUUGUUUUGUUUGGGUCUUUUUUCCCAAACUAGUUAACUCAAAUUCUUCAGGUUUGGUGUCAUCCCCUCGCCUGUCAGAAUGUGUGAGUAGAACAUGAUGCUGAACUGCGGAGGAUGCUUUCUCAUUGCCAUGACAACAAUAAGCACUUUACUCCAGAGCCAUAUUCACCAGAUCUCACUGACUCAGACAAUCGUGUUCAAUAAUUUAGGAUCUGGACUUUGAUGGGGCUCGUUUGUCAGAUUAAAAAACACUUUUCUUUGUCACAUCACUGUAUCUGACAUGCAUUUCUUGUUGGUGGUCUGCUGGAAUAUUGUGGUAUGAAAUGUUGUGUUUUCAUGAAUUGUAAGCAGAAAAACCAUGAACAGAUAUAAAUGCUUGAAA